UGGAAUGUUACCUAGUCCAUGCUGAAAAUAAUGAUUUGAACAGUGUUGAAGAGGGGACUGGAUUGCCCUUUCAGUCAAAUAUUUCUCAACUUCAGAGAUUUCAAAAUGAAGAACAAACUGUUAGGUGGGGUCCACUUGAGAAGUCCUUCACUGAGGACUCAACCCUACAAAAUUAUCAGAGCAUUUUCAACGGAGACAGAGUUGCUCAAGGCAGUGAGUGUGAAAAAACGUUUGAUCAAGGCUCAAAUGUUAAUAAAGAUCUGAGGACUCAUUUUCAAGAGAAUGAUUUUGAACUUAAUAAUGGUGAGGAAUUCAUUGAUACAAGAUCCAAUGUUAUACAUCACACUAUGCAUAUAGGAGAGUAUGCUUAUAAAGGUAACGAAUGUGAAAGAGAUUUUAACCAGUCCUUCAGCAUGAGCGAUCAUCAGAGAAUUCAUAUGGGAAAGAAACCAUAUGGAUAUGAUAAGCCUGGGAACGUGUCUAGUGAGUCAUCCAGAAUACAUAUACGUAAGACCGUCUGUAGUGGAGAGAAACCUUACCAAUGUAUAGAAUGUGGCAAGGCCUUUUCCCACAAAAGAAACUUCACUAGACAUCAAAGAAUUCAUACUGAGGAGAACCGUUACAAAUGUAAAGAAUGUGGCAAAGCCUUUCGGCAGAAAUCACAUGUUAAAAGCCAUGAGAGAAUUCAUACUGGAGAGACACCUUACAAAUGUAAAGAAUGUGGCAAGGCAUUUUCCUACAAAGCAAACCUCACUACACAUCACAGAAUUCAUACUGGAGAGAAACCUUACAAAUGUAAAGAAUGUGGCAAAACCUUUAAACAGCAGUCAAACCUUACUCAGCAUAUAAAUACUCAUACUCGAGAGAAAACGUAUAAAUGUAAAGAAUGUGGCAAGGGCUUUUCCCACAAAACAAGCCUCACUAUACAUCACAGAAUUCAUACUGGAGAGAAACCUUACAAAUGUAGAGAAUGUGGCAAGGCCUUUAAGCAGAAAUCAUACAUUAUCAUCCAUGAGAGAAUUCAUACUGGAGAGACACCUUACAAAUGUAACGAAUGCGGGAAAGCCUUUUCCUACAAAAGAAACUUCACUAAGCAUCAGAAAAUUCAUACAGGAGAGAAACCUUACAAAUGUAAAGAAUGUGGCAAAGCCUUUCAGUACAAAUCAUGCUGUAACAUCCAUGAGAGAAUUCAUACUGGAGAGACACGUUACAAAUGUAAUGAAUGUGGCAAAGCCUUUUUCUACAAAGGAAACCUCACUACGCAUCACAGAAUUCAUACUGGAGAGAAACCUUACAAAUGUAAAGAAUGUGGCAAAACCUUUAAACAGCUCCCACACCUUACUCAGCAUAUAAAUACUCAUACUCGAGAGAAAAUUUAUAAAUGUAAAGAAUGUGGCAAGGGCUUUUCCCACAAAACAAGCCUCACUAUACAUCACAGAAUUCAUACUGGAGAGAAACCUUACAAAUGUAGAGAAUGUGGCAAGGCCUUUAAGCAGAAAUCAUACAUUAUCAUCCAUGAGAGAAUUCAUACUGGAGAGACACCUUACAAAUGUAAAGAAUGUGGCAAGGCAUUUUCCUACAAAGCAAACCUCACUACACAUCACAGAAUUCAUACUGGAGAGAAACCUUACAAAUGUAAAGAAUGUGGCAAAGCCUUUCAGUACAAAUCAUGCUGUAACAUCCAUGAGAGAAUUCAUACUGGAGAGACACGUUACAAAUGUAAUGAAUGUGGCAAAGCCUUUUUCUACAAAGGAAACCUCACUACGCAUCACAGAAUUCAUACUGGAGAGAAACCUUACAAAUGUAAAGAAUGUGGCAAAACCUUUAAACAGCUCUCAAACCUUACUCAGCAUAUAAAUACUCAUACUCGAGAGAAAACGUAUAAAUGUAAAGAAUGUGGCAAGGUCUUUUUCCACAAAACAAACCUCACUAAACAUCACAGAAAUCAUACUGGAGAGAAACCUUACAAAUGUACAGAAUGUGGCAAGGUCUUUAAGCAGAAAUCAUGCCUUACCGAACAUUACAGAAUUCAUAGCGGGGCUAGUCUUAAAAAUUUGAAGACUGUGUGAGAAUUUGGAAGGACCGUUGUGCCCUAACUCCACAUCAGCAUCAUAGAGUUCAUACUGAGGAAAAAUACUACAAAUGAAAGAAUGUGACAAACCUCUUGCUGGAAGUCAUAACUUGUUGAAUCUCAUCAUUAAUCAUACAGGAGCAAAUCUGUGACAUGUCAAGAAAGCGGCAAAGCCUUUAAUUUGUAUCGAAUCCUUAUUUGGUAUCAAAAAUGCACUCUUGGUUCAAGAUGUACAACGAUAAUGAAUGAGGAAAGACGUUGUCUUACAUUUUAGAAAUCAUCAGAGAGUUCAGAGAAGAAAAGUAAGUUGAAAGAUCGAACUAUGUAGAAACAGAGAAACAUAUUUAAAAGCACAUCAAAUGUCCAAUAUAUGUCAGAGUAUUCACAGUAGAAAGCAGUAUGUGAGUUACUCAGUUCAGAUAUUACCUCAGAAGGCAUAAUAGAAGGUUAGUCAUUUAGAUAAUGUGUAUGCUAUUCUGCUUCAAAAGAUGGAAGGGAGGGAUAUUUGCAUGGGUGUAAUUUCAGUGUGCAUGUGUUUCCAUUGACCCCACAUGAGAUUUGUUACUUGGGUAUAUUACUGUGUUUCUACUCUCACAACUCUUCAGAAAAUUCACUUAUUCCAGUGGGUGUGUGAAACUACGUAGGUAGUUGUUGGGUCAAGGAUAAGAGAUGCCCUUCUUCCUUUGGUGGGAUCCAUGCAUAUCUCUCUUGCAUGGAAGAUGAAGGACAAUAGAACAUACAGUAUAUGAAAGAAAUCUAAAUGAAUAUUCUAUUUGUGGUUCUAACAUUGAUAUAGGUCAUCAUGUAGUGGGUAUUCAGAAUGUCAUUCUCCAUUUAUUAGGACUAAAACAAUUUUUGACUGUUACAAAUUAAAUGUGUUACUAAUUGGUCUUUAGGGAAAAGAGAUGGCAGUCCAGUCAACUGUGAUUCAUGUUCAUAAUAGUAAUCGUGGGAAAGUAUGAAUCGAUGUGGUGGAAAUGAAGAAAUCCGCAAAGAUAUCAGAGAAGAGCUGUCUCUUUCGUGAAAUGAGAUACGGUUGUACAUCCAAUUUUUAAAGAGUUGUCGGAGUUGUGAAAGUGUUUUAGUAUGCAAAAGUAAGCUGGUAAGAAGUUAAAAUAGACUCCUAGAUGAUGUCUUCUUUAAGCCUCAUGGUACUCAGAAAAUGAAAAAUGUAGUAGUAGAUACAGAAUGGGGAGGGAGAAAAUAAUCUAAGUAUACCCUUUCAGAAAAUCAUCAAAUCACAAAGAUAGCCAAUGAAUAAGAAAGAGUCAAAUAAUUCUACACAGCCAGAAAAGAAGAAUGACAGCAGUAACUUCAUACUUGUGUUGUUCCUUGCUUUACCUACAAUGGGACUAAGUUCUCCAAGACAAAGAUACAGAUUGCCUGAAUGGAAAGAAAUACAAGCCCCAAAGGUAUACAGGCAUCAGGAGACUCACUUCAUUUUCUUAAAACUAUUACUUUUUUUUCAUUGAGAAAGAGAACAGAGAAAACGAGAGAGCCCGAGUCAGGCCAGGGUCAGAGGGAGAAGCAGACUCCCUGAUGAGCUUGGAGCCCAAUAUGGGACUCGAUCCGGGGACUCCUGGUUCAUGACCUGAGCCGAAGGCAGACACUUAAUUGACUAAGGCACCCAGGGAUCCUCGCUUCAGCUAUAACAACACAGAGUGAAAGUGCAGGUGUGGAGAACGAUAUUCUAUGCAAAGGGAAUCCAAAAGAAAGCAGGAUAGUCACGCUUCCAUCAGUCAAUGUAAACAUUAACCAGAGAGAGUAGUAGAACAUGGCAAAGGUCAUUGUAAAAUAAGGGGCUGACUUUGU